CAGCUUUGGAGUUGAGUGAGCACCAUGCUGAGCCGGAGCAGGGAGCCGUGGGGAGCGCGGGCGCCGUGACCGUGACCGGCAGCUGGUUCUCACCUGAGUCCUCUUGGUUAAGCUGAGGCGGCCACCAAGCCACCCGAGCCCGGGCAAGCCCCUGACAGGCGCUGCAGAUCCGUCAAUGUAACUGGAAGAAGGAGCCGAUGGCUUUAGCUGGCUGCCCAGAUUCCUUCUUGCACCAUCCGUACUACCAGGACAAGGUGGAACAGACGCCCCCUCUUGGGCCACGAGAUCUGCCAGGACCUGGCUUCCCUGCCCCGCCGGACCGGCUCACAAAUCACCAGGAGGAUGACGUAGACCUGGAAGCCCUGGUGAACGACGUGAACGCGUCGCUGGAGAGUUUGUACCCAGCCUGUAGCAUGCAGUCGGAGACGGUGCCCCUGCUGCAGAACGGCCAGCACGCCCGCAGCCAGCCGCCACCCUCGGGAACAAGAUCCCUGCAGGCGCAGCGUUCCCAGCCUGUGCACAUCCUCGCCGUCAGACGCCUGCAGGAAGAAGACCAGCAGCUCAGAACCUCGUCUCUGCCGGCCAUCCCCAACCCUUUCCCUGAGCUCUGCGGCCCCGGGAGCCCGCCGGCGCUGACGCGGGGCUCCUUACCUCCAAGCCAGGCAGCUGCGAAGCAGGAUGUGAGAGUCUUCAGUGAGGACGGGACGAGCAGAGUGGUGGAGAUAGCUGCAGACAUGACAGCCAGGGACCUGUGUCAGCUCCUGGUUUACAGAAGUCACUGUGUGGACGACAAUAGCUGGACGCUCGUGGAGCACCACCCGCACCUGGGGCUAGAAAGGUACCUGGAAGAUCAUGAGCUGGUGGUCCAGGUGGAGAGUACCAUGGCAAGCGAAAGCAAGUUUUUAUUUAGGAAGAAUUACGCAAAAUACGAGUUUUUCAAAAAUCCUACGAAUUUCUUCCCAGAGCAGAUGGUUACUUGGUGCCAGCAGUCAAACGGCGGUCACAACCAGCUUUUGCAGAACUUCCUGAACUCCAGUAGUUGUCCUGAAAUCCAGGGGUUUUUGCACGUGAAGGAGCUGGGGAGGAAGUCGUGGAGAAAACUGUACGUGUGUUUGCGGAGAUCAGGCCUUUAUUGCUCCACGAAGGGGGCAUCAAAGGAGCCCCGACACCUGCAGCUGCUCGGGGGCUUGGAGGAGAGCAGCGUCUUCUCACUGAUCGCCGGCAGGAAGCAGUACGGCGCCCCCACCGACUACGGCUUCUGCAUAAAGCCAAACAAAGUCAGGAACGAGACGAAAGAGCUGCGGUUGCUGUGUGCCGAAGACGAGCAAGGCCGAACGUGCUGGAUGACGGCGUGCAGGCUUCUCAAGUACGGGAUGCUACUGUACCAGAACUUCAGGAUCCCACCACCGCGGAAGGCCUUGCUCCCCUCCUUCUCCACUCCGGUGCGCAGCGUCUCUGAGAACUCCCUCGUGGCGAUGGAUUUUUCUGGGCAGACAGGAAGAGUGAUCGAGAAUCCGGCCGAAGCCCAGAGCGCAGCCCUGGAGGAAGGCCACGCCUGGAGGAAGCGAAGCACACGGAUGAAUAUCCUAGGCAGCCAAAGUCCUCUCCACCCUUCUACCCUAAGUACAGUGAUUCAUAGGACACAGCACUGGUUUCACGGCAGGAUCUCCAGGGAGGAGUCCCACCGGAUCAUUAAGCAGCAGGGGCUGGUGGACGGGCUUUUUCUCCUCCGAGACAGCCAGAGCAAUCCAAAGGCUUUUGUGCUCACGCUCUGUCAUCAUCAGAAAAUUAAAAAUUUCCAGAUCUUACCUUGCGAGGAUGAUGGGCAGAUGUUCUUCAGCCUUGACGACGGGAACACCAAAUUCUCCGACCUGAUCCAGCUCGUUGACUUUUACCAGCUCAACAAAGGAGUCCUACCUUGCAAACUCAAGCACCACUGCAUCCGAGUGGCCUUAUGACCUCACAUUGACUCUUGGCUGAUGACGGGAGGAAGCUGACACUGGAACGGGGAUGGGGGGGCGGGGGGGGGUUGUGCGUCGCCAAGGACACACGUCUGUUCUGCACCCCGGGGAGCGGGGUCCGUUGGGGCCCACCCACCAGGAUGGACUCGUGGCUGGACUCGAGGAACGAUUUGCUGCUGCAGAGCCGACGGGACCGCCUCCCUCCGCGCCGGCCAGGUUCGGGGAGGCGGGAGAGAGCGAACGCAAAAUGGAGGAAAAAAACGGGAUCGAUCGUCUUGGCUGGGCCACGUAGGAACGAGAACCGGAGACACGUAAUUGGAAAUGAACUCUUGCCCUGGAAUAAUCUUGACAAUUAAA